AUGCACCCGAUUUCCUUUGGCUCCGACAUCUACUCACUCGUCUCGAAAUCCCUAUCAAAUUGGAAAGAUAAUAAUCUUAAGCAACGGCUGUGGGUCCUACUACCUCCAUUUACCUACCCUCUUGUCAAUUCCAUCAUCGGUAUCUGCAUCACCACCACCAUCAACGGUCUCCACACCUACAUCAUUUGCAGAGGAGAGCCUCCACCAAUUCUGAUCUUGGGCGCGUCAGAUCAGUCCACCUGCCUCAACUCGCUCUUCGUUCUCUUCCGACCUCACCCUCUCUUCCCUAUUUCCCCUUCGCUUGCCGACUUUUUCAAAGCCGAUGAUGGUCGAUUCAAUAAAUCAUCCCAAUUAGUCGCGCUGCUCAAAGAUUCAUGCUAUACAGACGGUCGGAGCUCAGAUACUUCAGACGACCCGGACUUGCAACUUGCUCAGUUCUUCUCUGUUUUAGUGAAAAGCGCACUUCCUUAUGCUAAAAAGCCAGCAUUGCCAUCUUUAACUCCAGCGGAUCUUCAAACGUUUCUGAGUGAAUCAAUCUCUCCACUUGCAGAUGAACAAAUCAAUGCACGCGUCUCCGAGUUACUGGCAGACACUAUUUGGUCAAUUGAAUCUGAGAUUGAUGUCCAACACAGUAGCUUAGAAGAACAAAUCAAGGCCUUGGAUACGAAAUCUGCUCAAAUUGCCACUGACUUGACUGAUCUCGAUAACCCAAACGAUGCACCACAACCUAAUGUCCACCUCACGUCAAGAAGGAUUAAGCUUGAAUCUCUGUCUCGAUCACGCAAGACAUUGAUUCAGCUGGCGAUCGCUCUCCUUCAGAUUGAUGAGAGGAGCUUUGUUGCUCUUCAGCCCGCGCAUUGUCGCCUUAGCUGGGAAUACGGAUUUCUAUACGACACUGGCUUGAUUCCCUUCCCCGCUGAAUUGAUUGCUAAACAGGCCACUCGUAUCAAUACGGUCCUUCAUUACAAACAACAGCGCUUCAAUCUGCUUCGUGAAGAGUCUGAGGGUUACUCUCAUCUCGCCACUGAAUUAAUAUCAGCUAUGGGUCCCGGUCUCGUCUCACACCUGAUAUCCGCUGAUUCAAGUCAAGGCGAUUCGACAAGUUAUCCACACCUUCGGUCGAUUUUACUACCUGGUGAAACACCACAAAUCAGAGAUUCAAGAAUUGAAAAAGUUUCAAACAACAUCAAAGCCAUGAUUGGAUUUUUCGAUCUUGAUCCCAAUCGCACACUAGACAUAAUCCUCGAUGUCUUCUGCUAUAACGUCAUUUCACACCAUCCCUUUUUCUGCUCGCUCUUGAAGAAAAGCCAUUGGAUGCAAACUAUUGGUUGCAAUUCGACAGUCGACGACGAGCGAAUUCUCCCUGCAGAUGGCACUUUGCCCUCCGAACAGGGCUCGAGGCUCAUCGCAUCGUUACUGGGAUUCAAAUUCACACAUUAUCAGCAGAGUGAUACGGCUGAUUCAACCCCCGACGAGCUCUACUUGAUGACUGCUGUCUUAAUCUGGCACAAGAUCGUAAAGCUGCGCGAUAUUCUUCCACACCUUUCUCCUGAUCUACAAACCAUCAAGCAACACGAGUCAAACUGGCGACAAGAGGUCAUGACCAAAGCUUUAAACGCUGGACCCCAAAAUGCUCUCAGCAUGGCCGGGGCGCUUGAUAACAGUGGGCUGAUUGGAUCUUACUCCAAGAUGAAUACCGGUAAAAUUCCCGAAGGUGGAUCAGCUGCUCCAUCAGCCAAAUCCAAAUCCAUUCCUAAUCAAAAGGCUGGACUUCUAUCUGCUUUGCUCUCAAUCGGUGCUCUCCACGAAUCUAUCUUUAUGUUAUCGAUACCAAACCACCAGUAUCUUGCUCAUCAAGACCCCAACAUUUCAGCCUUGCUAUUGAGGUUGAUCGAUGUGGCCUUGGAUCCGGCCUACAAAAAAUGCGAGCUAUCUGUGCAAAACAGUAAACUAUCCCAGGCCAACCUGACGCGACCUAAGAAAAGAUACGCUGGCGGUCCUUCCCAUUUACUGAUCGAUCCAGAAAUUCCCAAGUCAAUUCUAUCAGCUAGAAUAAUUCCUCGAGCUGCAAGCUUGGCCGCAACGAGUGUCAAGACAGAGCCGGUUUUCUUCUGGUCCGCAUGGAGGGAUCGUAUACUCCAAGCCCAAAAUAGCUCAGAGUUUUUGGAUUACAUCUGGCCCUUGCUUCGAUUUGUGGGUCCAUUCGGACACAUGCACAUGGGUGUCUUUCACAAAGUCGCUACAUUGACUGCUGCUGCCGUUCAAAGGCCAUCAAACCAUACGAGUGGCGACCCGCGAUGGAAUUACAUCUUGAGAUGGUUCUUGCUUCCUGGAUUAUCCAUGACUCAAGGGUGUGUAGCAGCCUCGAACAUUAUUUGGAAAGUUCUACAAUCGUAUUCGUAUGAAGAGAGGUACAUGAUGUACGGUGAAUGGAAAGACCGUAUCUAUCAGCGGAUCCCCGAGCUCAAAGUUGAACGAGUGAAAGCCGACGCCGAAACUAAACGGGUACUCAAGACUAUGACGCUGGACAACCUCAGGGAAAAAUCCCGAGCGCUGGCCAAACUAGCCUCGUCUAACCCUUGUAUCGUAUUCAAUGCAGCGCUCAAUCAAGUUCAGACUUAUGAUAACCUUAUUGCUUGUGUCAUCGAAUGCCUGAGGUACCUCAACCUAUUCGCCCUCGACGUUUUAACUUACUCGAUUGUCGAAUUCCUUUCAAACCCUGAUAAAGAUCGAUCCAAGUCCGAUGGAACGAAUAUUGCUGCCUGGCUACAGAACUUAGCCAAGUUUGUUGGAAACGUGUUCAAGCGGAAUUUGAGCUUGGAUCCAGCGAUCGUUUUACAAUACAUUGCCAAUCAGCUUGCAACUGGCAAUGCUAAAGAUCUCAUCAUUUUGCGGGAUAUGAUCAGUAAGAUGGCGGGCGUCGAUGUCCUUCAAGAUCUCUCGGCCUCUCAAGUAGUUGCAUUGGGUGGGUCGAAAACUUUGAGGGCUGAAGCUAUUUCACCCACUAGCCUCACAGUCAAGAAACCAUCGUUUUCGAAAAGCUCUAAUCGACUGAUGAAGGCUUUGACUGAGUCUGGGCUGACAGUGCCGUUGCUUGUCUUGGUCACCUUGCAGCGGCAAAACGCUGUGCUACUUGCAGAUGAGAGCGCGCAUUUGAAGUACCUUGGUGUCUUAGCGGAUAGCUGUCAACAAGUAUUGUUUCAGUACAUUGAGUUUUUGCGUAUCCAACUGACUUCUCGUAGCAUAUCUGACUACGAAAAUGCCUUGCCUUCAAUGGAGCUUAUGUGGGAGCAAUGCCGCAAUGAUCCCGCCAUUGUUUUCCAGGUUUGGAGACCUGUCCUAUCUGCAUCAGUUCGGCCAGCCUUGAAGAUAGGUGUCGAUGGUGAAGUAGUUAUCGACGAGAACCUCGCAUCUGCAACCUUGCCCGUAUCAACAGAAUCUGCCAACCUCGCAUCUGCAACCUUGCCCGAAUCAACAGAAUCCGCUCAGCCAGAAUCUGCCCAGCCAGCAUCGGUCGAAGAGACCGGAUCAACUGACAUGACGAGUCAACAAUGUAACGAGCAGGCUCACUAUCCCAGCAGUUUGCUGCCAACCGUUGCGCUUACCGAAAAGAUUUUGCCCGAGCAGACUCGCAAACUUGUUGGUCCCCACUUCUUCGUGACGUUCUGGCAACUUGAACUUUAUGAUAUUCGGAUGCCUGAUGAGAGGUAUAUUUCCGAGACUAAUCGCCUCAACGCGAUGCUGAGUGAUCUUGAUCGUGAUUACUCUACUGUCAUGGUUUCUUCGAUGAAGGAGCUCAACCGCGCCAAUCGCUCCAAGAUUUUGGAAAUCCGCGCAACUCUUACCAAGGAAAUGAAGAUUCACAUCAAACAUUAUGAACUCACCCGAGCCCGUUUGGCAUCCGAAAAGUCAUUUUGGUUUCCUUUAUCUGCUCGCAGUCCAUUCCGGGCUCAGCUCCUCGAACAUAUCAUCCAACAUUGUUUCAACCCACGUGCUAAAAUUUCACCAGUCGAUGCCGCAUAUACUGCACAAUUCAUCAAAACACUCCACAGCCUGGGGACGGCGUCUUUCAUGACUUUGAAGCUCCUUGACCGCAUCUUUAGCUACGAUGUGGGCCCGUCGAUAUUUCCGUGUAGUGAAUUCGAGGCCUCAAACUAUGGUCGGUUUUUGAAGGAUCUGUUGCUCUUAGUUAAAAGCUGGUACGAUAGCGAAAGCACCUUCAAGAAGACGGGCCUUGGCAAAGACAAAAAAGGAAACUAUUUACCUGGAUUGAGGAUGAAGUGGGUCAAGAGCGAUGCUUCCGAGGGGAUCGCGGAAAGUGACAUGCUGUCUUACGAGAACUUGCAGAAAGUGGUCAAGAAGUGGACGUCAAUCAUGUCUUCAGUUUGCAGAGAAGCCAUUCAAUCAGGCGAAUACAUGUAUAUUCGCAAUAGUAUCGCUCUUUUGAAAGAAUUGGAUGGUCUGGUGCCUCUCUUCGAAGAUCAGGCAACCAGUUUAGAAGCAUGUGUUACUGAACUUCUCAAGCACGAAAAACGUGAAGAUGUUAGGGUUCUGGUCUAUGGAUAUCAAUCAAUGCUGAAGCGCGCUGCCAAGAACGUCAUCAAAACCAACACUCCCCACGUCACCAAGCCGGAUGCUGCCGCCGCGCCAGUUGCCAGCACUGACACCAAAACUAUACCAACAGAUAUGAACCCGGUAUUGACUGUGGUCCCAAAGAUCAUUCCUCCUUUGAUUUCCAAUCCUAUGAUCACUCCAUUGCCGCCAACCAAACCGAUUGUUCCCACAUCACUAUCAGAUUCUCGCCCUGUCCCUUCUCCUGUUCCUACUGUCAACCGUCCUGCUGGUCUUCCAGAGAGGCCCUCCUCCACGACAAGACUUCCGCCGCCAGUCCCACGGCAUGAAAAUGACAGAAAGCUUCCGAUUGCACCCUCUCGUCAGAUUAAUGGUAAUGGACUAUACCGCAACGGAGCAGACCCGGAACACCAUUCGCUAGGCGCUGAUGGGUCAAAACCGCAAUUUCCUAGCGUCCCACCUGUGCCAUCCGCCGAAGCAGCAGAAAGGGAGGCACUUGCUCGAGCAGCUGUCCAGCGCUCGCGUAAAUUUGCUGCCACCAACCCAACAUCAAGUGUUUCUACUGCAGAUUCAUCACAAACAAAAUUCGCAGGGCAGCAGAAAGAAGAAGCACCUCGACACACGGGUAACAAUCCAGUUCACUCGGUUGAUCGCCCUUACGUGCCCUCUACCCAAAUUCGCCCAACUGAGCCCACAACACGGCCCUCGAACUUGACACCAUCUGGUCCAAAAGCCACCCGACCCGCAAACAGUCCGCCUCGAACCAACCGCGAGGAUGAAUUGAUGCGUCCUCCAGCUUUACCUUCCGCACCAAGGGCUGAUAACAUACGGCGAGACAAUCCCCUUCCGAAUAACCCGGUCACCCAUCAGCAUUUGCCCAGCCACCCUUCGUCUCAUGUUUCAACUUCUACCACGGCCAGUCCCCGCACACGAGAUGACCUGCCCAAGCGCCCCAAUGAUGAAAACGCAUCCCUGCGGUCUCGCGAUGAGCGGGACUCAUACGAUCGCCGGGAUGAGCGAGACCACAGGCGACUUCGCGAAGAGCCACCACGUACAAGGCCGCCCAGUGUUGAGUCAAUACGCUCAAUUCGUAGUGGUCGUGAUAAAGACAAACGUGCAGAUAGAAGCGAUCGGAGUGAAAAAAGAAAGCGAUCCCGCUCACCAUCCGACCGACACCGUGAUCAUCGCGAGCGGGAUCGAGAUCGAGAACGUGAUCGAGAUAGAGAACGGGACAGGGAACGCGACAAAGAGAGGGAGAAAGACCGGGAGCGUGAUCGAGACCGUGAUCGGAAAGAUAGGGAAAAGGAUCGUGAUCUUAGGCAUCGUGAAAAAGAAAAAGAACCUGGCCGCGACGAGCGUGAUAAAGAUAGGGAGCGUGACCGAGAAAAACGAUCGCAUCGUAGAGAUCGUGACCGAGAUGAUAGGCGCCAUGAGAAAGAUCGAGAUAAAGAUAAAGAACGCGAAAUCAAGCAGACCAGCGAUGCAGUCACAGAUGAUGGCAUCAAGCGCCGGAAAGUCGUUUCUUCUGAGCCCUCCCUAGUAGGCGAGGGAUCUAACCAACAAUCACAAGGACUGUCUGAACCGCGCAAAGAUCCUGUACCCGGCCACUCUGCGAACGGGGAGGACCGCAAUCCGCGAGACGGGAAUAACACUGACCCCAAGUCUGGAAACCCUGCCUACGAUGGCUCCAUACCAUCCGGUCCGCGUGCUUUGCAACCUAACAUGUCUCCUCGCACCCUACGCUCUAUUCCGACUGGUCCGGCCAGCUCAUUCCCAUCGGGCCAUCCCGAGCACCCCCGUUCAAAGCAUUCUAGCAGUUCAGCCGACCCUACCAACACUCAUCCUCUUCUAAAUGGAAAUCCAACCAGGAACGGCUCGGGUCAAGACCAAGCCAGGAGCCGUAAUGAUGGUGGCGAUUCUUACAAACCCCACGAAACUGCCCAAAGGAACCAGUCACCCGACAAGAUUCCUCGCGAGCCACACUCUCGUGAUAAUGCUAGCUCUACCGGUACACCCAAUAAAUCCUCUCUGGCUUCCAAUCAUCGACAAACCGGGGAUUCUUGGAGUCCUCAUCUUUCCUCACAGGGUAGCAAGAAUGUGGAACCUAAGAAAAAUCUUAGUAUUAGAGGUAUGGCUGGUAUGGCUGCCAAUGCAUUGCAGAAAGCCAACGAGGACAACGCGAGAAAAGAUCGAAGAGAAAGCAUUGAAAUUCCAGCGAAUGGAAAUCGAGCCGCUCCAAUAGAUGUUGAUGGGGUGGUCCCGAAGAAGCGAGAUCACGAUCGUGAUCGUGAUUCAACUGCUGUUGCUAACAUAGCCACCACGCCAACCAGUCUUCUCUCCCGAAUGGAUGAUGGGAAAGUUCAGCACGAGGAAUCUGGUACCAAACGGAAAAAAGAAGAAAGCUAUGGGCGUGACGGGGAUGGGGUCGAGCGUGAUGGACACGGCAGUAGGAGGUCAUCGAUCAGAGAAAGUAGCAAACCAGAAGAAUCGCGAUAUACUGGAACUCAAAGAUCUAGCGUUCUUUCAAACCAGGAUGGGAACAACCCCACCUCUAAGAAUGAUCAGCCUGACCGUCUCUCACGACUUCGAAGCUCACAUACUGGUAGAGGUGGGACGGAAAGAGAUCGCGCCGAAAAAGGGAAUGAUGGUGGUGGACGGCGCAAGGAAAGAGAGCGUGGAAACAGCCGAGAGAGACCAAAACGUCACAACGCACGACGUUGAUGACAAAUGUAUCAGCCGUCUUAGUCUUGAAUGCCUUCAUAGUCCUUUAAAAGUCUCCCAUGGCAUGACAAGGGUUCCUUUUUUUCUCUUUUUUCUUUUUCUGGCUAGAAUAU